AUGCGACAGAAGCGCGAAAAGAAGCCCACAGUCAAGGAUGAGGCUGCCAAGUCAACCAGAAAUCGGAGUCGCCCAAGCAAAAUUCCCCGGAGACCAAAGCUAAAACCUAAAUGCCCUCCCAAAAAGACUUUGGACUGGGCGGCAAAGAAGCCAGAAGCCAAGAUGGAUCGGAUCGACAGUUGGCUUCAGGCUUACAGCACUUUUUCCGAAGAGGAACAACAAAUCGCCCUUGAAAGGUUGAUCGACGUUUCUUCUCCUAAGAAUAUUCGUUUUAUGCGAGAUGUAAUCGAACCGCGCUUCCAACGAGAUUUCAUCUCCCUCCUUCCGCCCGAGCUUGCCCUUCAUGUGCUCUCGAAUCUAGAGCCAAAAGACCUUGUUUCUGCGGCGCAAACAUGCCGUACUUGGCGGCAACUCGCUGACGACAACACAAUUUGGCGUCAAAAAUGCCAAGACGAAAAAGUAAAAGAAUGCUCUCCGCCUGUGCUGAAGCAAUACAAGAGCUGGGCAAAAACGAGAGCUCCAGAAAUCACUGAGAAGGUCUGGAUAGAAGGAGACGUGACGCCGCUAGAAUUGGUUGGCCACGAUGACCAUGUUGUCACUUGUCUUCAAUUUGAUGGUCAGAGAAUCGUUUCUGGAAGCGAUGAUAGUACACUCAAGGUCUGGAACGCAAAAACCGGACAAUGCCAAUCGACGCUUAUUGGACACACGGGCGGAGUUUGGUGCCUAGAAAUGAAGGAUGACUGGAUCGUUUCUGGCUCCACCGAUCGGACUCUACGAGUUUGGUCCGCCGAGACCGGCAAAUGCAUAGAAACACUUUACGGCCACUGCUCAACAGUUCGAUGCAUGGCCUUGGCUGGAAACGAGGUCGUUUCCGGCUCUCGAGACAAUACCUUGCGCCUCUGGGAUCUAACCACUCUCAAAUGCAAGGCUGUUCUUGUUGGUCAUUUUGCUGCGGUAAGAUGCGUAUGCUUUGAUGGCAAGAAAAUUGUCUCGGGAUCGUAUGACAACACAGUAAAGAUUUGGGAUCCGAAAUCGAAUUGUAAGCUUUUGCACACUCUUCAAGGCCACACACAGCGGGUUUAUUCACUUCAAUUCGAUGGAAAACAUGUUGUCAGCGGUUCGUUAGAUACAAACAUCAUGGUGUGGGAUGCUGAUAAUGGCACCUUACUACACACGCUUGUUGGACACCAAAGCUUGACUAGUGGCAUGGAGCUACGAGGGAAAACUCUCGUCUCUGGAAAUGCCGAUUCAUUUGUAAAAAUUUGGGACAUUGACACAGGCCUUCUUGUGAGAACAUUGGACGACAAAAACAAGCACAACUCGGCCGUUACUUCCCUCCAAUAUUGUGGCAAGUUCAUUAUCACGUCGUCGGAUGAUGGAACGGUGAAAUUGUGGAAUGCGGAGACUGGCGAGUGGAUUCGCGAUUUGGUCUCGUUGGAUACGAGAAAUACCGGCGGCGUUGUUUGGAGAAUCAAGGCCUCUGAGACGAAGCUUGUCUGCGCCGUUGGAUCGCGAAAUGGAACCGAGUUGACCAAAUUACUCGUCCUCAAUUUUGAUGAUUUAGCGCAUUCAAAGCGAUCUACGACGACCCAAAACGCUCUUCCCGGCACAUCAGCCAACCUCGACCCCGCCACGAUCAAUUUCAACAGUCUCGGCCACGUCAAUCCUACUUAG